AUGUGUCCCCUGCAGCGUCCCCGGCCAUCUCCUUCGGCCGAUGCCGGCAUCCAGCUUCUGUGUCCUGUCCCUGUGACGUCGGGACGUACGGGCGCCGCCGCCGGCGGCGGCGGGAAAUUUAAAAAUUUUAAAAAAUGUCAUUUUUUUUUUUUUUUUUCUGUAUCAAAGCAUUUCACAUAAAUUUUGUCCCUAGUGCUUUGUCCUGUGCCCUGCCUGCAUUUUUACUGUUCUUUCUGCCUGGAAACUGAGAAACAUCCAUGGCGUCCAAAAAGCGUCCCUUUAGGUCAGAAGCAGUUUUAGACCAGCUAGAGAACAGUGAUAGUAAAUCAGAACUACUUGCAGAAUUGA